UGGGCGGGCAGGAGCACGUCCUGCCCCGCAGGCCGGGGCUGUCGGCUUGCUGAGGGCAGCAUAUGCUAAGCGGGAGCGCGCCUACGGGCAAAGUUUGCGGGCGGGCGGAGGAGGAGAGCCGCGGCGGGACUGCAGCAGCCGCGCUGGAGAUGCCCCUGCGGAGCCUCCUGCCAGCGGUGGGGCUGCGGCAGCGGAGCUGAAGCCGCGCUGGCCACCCGCCUGCGGGGGCUUCUCUUCCUCCGGGGAAGGAGGGGGCCGACCGGGCGCUCUGCGGCUGUGCCGCCUCAGCGGGGCUCGCCUCUUGCCCGGCUCCGGAUCCAGCUCCGGCCCUUCUCCGUCACCGGGGCUGCGGAGUGCGGUCCUGCGCGCCCCGCUCCUCCUCCGGGCCGGCCGGGCAGGUCGGUGCCCGCGCCGGAGCCCCGCACGGCUGCAUGCCCGCCGCGGUCUCGGCACGUCUGGAUUCGCUGGAGUCCUGGGCCUUCCAUGCACUGCUGGUGCUGCCCUAUAUGUUUUACGUGGGCUUAUUCUUUGUCAACGUGCUGAUCCUGUACUAUGCCUUCCUGAUGGAGUACAUCGUUCUCAAUGUAGGCAUCGUCUUCCUGCCCGAGGAUAUGGACCACGCUCUGGUGGAUCUUGGGGUGCUCUCUGACCCUGGCUCAGUGCUCUACGAGACGGACAGCGAGCUGGAUGUCUUUGAUGGGUACUUGGAGUGACGGCCCGGGGCGCUCCAAAGAGACUGACUGCUGGGUGACGCCGUCCGGCCCGGGACUGGGGCUGGGUGUCCCGGCAUGGCCGCCCCUAGGGAACCGCCGCGGCCCCGCGAUACCCUCGCUGCGGCUCGGCUCCUUCUGCAGCAUCUUCCCUUAUAGUUCCGCUUCCCCUCAGCCCCGGGGCAGGGGCAGGGGCGGGGGGCCGGGACCCACUGCCGCCGGGCAGGGCCGCGGGCACGCCGAGGGCUCGCCGGGGAAAUUCAUUGAACACCUGAAAUGGAUUAUGACCAGGUGCAUGGAUCAAGUCAUGGAAAUAAAUUAUACUCUGAAAUGUGGAGAUGAAAAGAAGGACAAGGGGACAAGAAGAGUUGUCAUCAGACCUUGUCAGUGGUGACUUUUCUCCAUGGUCAUUGCCUCUUGAGUGUGCAGUAACCACAGUGAUUCAUGCACCGUACUUGGCUUCAUAGGUAAUUCUGGAAUGGACUGUAUGAACAAAUAAUGUAAGCUAUGUUCUAUUAUAACAGAAAAUCAAGAUGUUACUCAGAGUCGAUAAACUUUUGAAUAAAUACCAUGUUAUCCAGACACGCUCUACAUACUGCUUAAGCAAGUGUUACAAUCACACACUGAAACUCUACCAGCCACUAGUUCAAAGACAGUGCUUUCUCAGGGGACAAUCAGCAGGAGUGACUGCAGGGAGUGUUUGUUCAGGGCAGCAUUACGGCAAGAACUGUGCUAGUAAGAUAUUAAAUUGUGAGUUUUGACAUAGAUCAGAGAGUUAAUUUUAUAUAAGUAGAUGAAUUCGUUAUCUAACACAAGAUACUUUGCAGAUUGUUUAAGCUCAUGUUCCUAUGUACAGAUGUGAAAGCAAUACAAUAAAGACUGACCUUUUCCAUGAAAAAGUUAA